UCGAAAGUUCACAUUUUUUUUGUUGGUAAAUUUCCAAUUUACUAGCAUCGAUUAGUAGUGCCUGGUUGGUAUCGAUUCAGCCAUGUCUCAAGAGGAUCACGACAAAGACCUCAUCCGGGUUACCCACUACAUCAAUCCACACAAUUUUUGGUUCAAAAGCGAGUCCGCCUACCUUUACAAUGCGGAAGAGCAGAAAUUCCAGCUGGAGCUGAUCGAGUUCUGCGAGACAAACUUCGGAAGAGGCAACAUCACUUCCGGCGUUUACAAACCAAACCAAGUGGGAGAACUGGUAGCGGUGUUCUAUUUCCAGCUGGGACGCUGGACCCGAGCUGUCGUCGAUGAUAUCCAGGAGGAACUUGGAGGACAAGUGAUUUGCAACCUGUGGGCCAUCGAUGAGGGCGUUCCGAUCAAGACAGGUGUCCGGUACAUCAAGCCGCUGCCGGCUAAAUUCGCCAAGAUGCCCAGCAGCGUGAAGCACGGCGGUCUGGAGGGAAUACUUCCGGCGGAAACGAGCUAUGAUUAUUUGGAGGGUCGUUCCGUUCACAAGAUUGUCGAAAACUGGGCAUCAGGUGUUGCUAUUGCUUUCCAAAACUUGAUUGAUGAUGCCGUAGCGAUGAAGUUUAGCAUUCUUCACCACUACAAAAGGGGGGGAGUAGAUAUUCAUUUCGGGUCAAUGCAGAUCAUAUCCCAUAAGAACGUGUCAAACGAUGCGAUUGCAUUGUUGGAAAAGGUCGCCGGAAAAAUUGUGAUGGUUGUCGACAAGGAUGAAUUUUACAACAAAUUUCCCCUGUUGCGAACAUUGGAUAUGCGUCGGUCGGAAGAUAACGAGUAUCGUGAGAAUAUGAAAUAUCACACCAACACUUUUCGCACGGAGUACUCCACGACGACAGAAGCAUUCGAAUCUGAAAGGAUGCGCUUCCAGGAUAAGUUUCUCAUCGAACAGGCUCGCAAAAAAGUCCUCGAGUGGGACAUGCGUAAUACAGCCUCCUCGUCGGUUGUAUUCACCAGUCCUGAGGUCUCGGAGUUCACUAAUCCCCCGUUGCCUGAAUCUUCAGAGCUGCAAGGAAAACCCCGACGCCGGUAUGAGCUUGCCUAUAGAGAAUUGAUUGACGAAGAUUCCGAAGAAGAACACGAUACUGCGAUGCACCGGAAUAAAUGGAAGCAAAAUUCCAAAAACAAUAAUCCUAACCCCCGCAAACCGCAGGAUAGCAUAUACGACAAAUCUAUGGCGGACGUGGCCCCUGCUUUACACAAGAUAAAACUGCGACGACGGGCAGGAACCCAUCAAAACCCUGAAGAAGCUAACACAUCCAAAGCGCCAGCAAACGGCAAUUCGUCUGCGCUCAACAUAAUUCCAGCCGGAUUUAGUCUUGCCAAUGUGCAAUUUUCCAACGGAUCGGUAAUUUUGGGGACCGCCGAGCCUAACGUAAAUCGCCGGAUGAAUAGUUUCGGUCCCAAAACCGGGCCGGUUGGAAACCGUAGGAAACCACAACAGCAGCAGCAGUAUGACGAUCAAGAUUCCUCGUUCGAUGAAAAAAUCAUCCGUAGGCUGGAUCUUGGAGGAAGAGGAGGAGAAGGAACAACCAAUGGAUCGAAUGAUGACGCCGACGAACAAUGGUAAAUUCGAAUUUUCACAUUGUUCAAUCUGACUUGACUUUAAAUACUGUUUAAGCUUCGUAUCUCCUUGAA